AUGCUGCCUUCAGACAACUCAAGUCAAUCUUCGUCCUCUUCGGAAAGGAAGACUUUAGCCUCUCCAUCAACAGACAAACCAUCAAAAGGAGGAAAAAAGACAACAUUCGAACUUAGUAAUAUCACAAUACACCAUCAACAACAUGAUACACAUCUUGAAGCCUCUCCGGUGAGACUUCCGAAGCCUGUGUUUGCUCAUGACGAUGAAUACAGCGAUGAAGAAGAAUCAACAUUGGAGAGAGGAAAAGCAGCCGAGCAUCAAAGUUUAUUGAAAGGAGAAGCUGAAAGAGAGUCUUUAGGAAUUACAAAUCUUGACGUUUUUUUUCAACAAGUAUACACGUAUUUUGAUGAAAAAGGUUUUUGGUGUUUACUAGUGGAGAGACUUCUACGAUUGUGCUCCGUGUUCUUUAUGAUGGUCUUUUCAACAUUUUUAUUUGUAUUCCUAGAUUGGUCAGCUAUGUGGCAUUGCCAGGAUGUACAAUGUAAAAAAGUUCCAAUAAUUCGUGAUGAUGUAUGGACUUUGAAUGGUUUUCAUGUAAUUGUACUUUUAUUUGAAUUGGUCGUUUUCUUUUAUUGGAUUAGUCUUGUUGUCAAAUAUGGAAAAGAUGUUUUAUCAAUGAUAGCAAUCAAAAAUUUCUACAAUUAUGAUUUAAACAUUUCAGAGCAAGACAUCCAAACGAUACAGUGGAAUGAGGUGGUUGAAAAAAUAAUUGAGCUUCAAAAUAAGAGAAAGAUUUAUAUUGUAAAGAAUAUUGAUGAAUUUGACAUUCUCAACCGUAUCAUGAGAAAAGAAAAUUACUUGAUUUCACUAAUCAAUAAGGAAGUCAUGAAUCUGAAAAUUCCCUUCUUUCAAAGAACUUAUCUCUCUGAAUCAUUAGUUUAUAAUUUGAGAUUGAUAGUUGAUGCCAUGUUUGAUAGUGAUUUCAAAAUUAAUCCAUCCUUUGUAAAUUCUUCCUCUUUGAGCUUAUACUUUGUGAAAUUGGGCAUUAUUAAUUUAUUGCUUGCUCCAUUCCUUCUAGUAUACUUUCUGCUCUAUACCUCUUUCAAAUAUUUAGCUGAAUUGAAAAACAAUCCAAAGCAUGUUCUCGGAAGAAGGUGGUCACUUUAUGCGCACUUCAAGUUUAGAGAAUACCAUGAACUCUCUCAUGAGUUUGAGAGAAAGCUGAAUCAAGCAUAUGGUCCUGCUACCGAGUAUUUGCACCAAUUUCCCAAUAUUUUCUUAUCUAUUGUUGCUCACAGAAUAAUGUUCUUUAUUUCAGCUAUAGCUGGUGUAAUUAUUGUACUAUCCUAUCUCAACAAUUCCUUAACUAUUUAUUUCACUGUGUUCAAUCAAAACCUACUCACAUGGCUGACUACAUUACUUUUUGCUUGGGCAUAUGCCAAAGGAUUUGUUAUUGAUGAACACGCUGUAUUCAACCCAAAACAGAAAUUGGAUGAAAUUUGUGAAACUCUUCAUCAUCAUGACCUUAAUUGGAAAGGAAAAGGGCACCACUAUAAUGUACGAAACGCCUUUCUUUCAUAUUUCAUUCCAAGCUAUCAGUAUUUCUUGAACGAAAUAUUUAGUGUAUUUAUCACACCGCUCGUAUUAAUCAUUUCCUUACCAAAGAGUGCAGAUAAUAUUGUAAAAUUUAUUGAAAAGGUCACCGUUGAUUAUGAGGGAUUAGGAGAUGUUUGUGGACAUGCUGCUUUCAAAUUCAACCAAUUCGGAAAUAAUAUGUACGGAAGUAAUACCAACACUGACAACAAACAAGUGGCCUCUGAGUUUGGAAAAAUGGAAAUUUCCUAUUUAAGUUUUUUACAAAAGUACCCCAACUACAAACCCAAGGAAGACAAUGGAGAAACAGAAUUUAUCAAGGCUGUGGAAAAAUCAUUUUGUGGAAUUCCUUCCAUAAAUUCUAGCAUGCUGCCUCAAAAUCCUCCACCAGAAAAGGUUGAAACUCCACUACCAAGUACUCCAACCUUCCGAACUCACCUACAAGUACCGCGACAACCACUCAACUUGUCACAACAAAUCCAUGGUCAUUAUGACAACCCAUUGACCCAAUCUAGAAUGUUAUUCAACAUGCUCGAAAGCACUUUAGAGCAGUAA